GCAGCCAUCAGGGAAACAUUGCAGCAGAACGCUUCCACGCUUCCCGAUCAGAGCCGGCAUUUGUUGGCUGGUGGUGGUGCCGCCUGCGCCGCAGUCUGUACCCUUCAUCCCUUGGACGUGAUCAAAACUCGACUCAUGGCGCAGACGCGCCGCGAGUAUUACACUGGUGUCUUGGACUGUGUGCAAAAGAUUUGUCGCGAUGAGGGUCCCCGAGGUUUAUAUCGUGGAAUUAGCGUGUCGUUGUGCAGCACCACGCCUUCCAUCGCCAUAAGCUUCACCGCCUUCGACGAGUUCAAGCGGCUCUUUGCCACCACGGUGCUGGGACCAGAUGAGCCUGACAAUUUCAGAUUGACACUUUGCUCCGGCGCCUGCGCAGGCAGUCUCGCCUCCACCGUGAUGUUUCCCAUGGACCUGGUGCGACGGCAGAUGCAGAUGGUGGGAGUUGGGGGCCGGCCAUUGGUGUAUGCCAAUGUCGGGCAGGCGAUUUACCACGUCUUCCAGACCGGCUUCCGACGCAACCGAGGUACCGCGCUGGGCUACCUCUUGGGCCUCCGCGAGUUCUUCAGGGGCUUGGCCCCAGAGUUGCUGAAAGUGGCGCCACACAAUGCCAUCAUGUUCUCCACCCAGCACCAUCUCAUCAGCAGGAAAUGGUUAUUCGAGGAGCUUCUCUAUCCAGACUGAGCGAGCUGAUCUCAACGGUUCACCAAAAAUGGUGUCGGAUUUCAAACAUGGUGACCCAAAAAUGGAUUUUAAAUGGUGGAUAUGUUUCAAUACCCCCACUUAGCCCCACUUCAUGGCAACCCCAAAUUGGAAAGAUG